CAAACUUUGUGGAGCGAGGCAGACAACGACACGGUCCACAGACAACAUUUUACAAUGAAGCCCAAUAAAUAGAUUUGUUCAGUACGAUAUUAAAUUAAUCCACGUUGGACUUGAAGCACUAAAACGGCGCCACGUCAGAAACUGGUUGGCGAAUCGAUGGUCUAUCUAGCCACGUGUACAAUCCGACGUUCACAAAUCUUCGAGGUUUUAUUGUUUCUUGUUUCGAAUAUCCGAUAGAAAUAAAUAAAGAAAAUAAGAAAAGGAAGUCCAUGAAGUCAAGGAAGGAAUUAUUUAACUAAAAUAAUAUGGGUACUAGCGUGAUGUGAGUUAGUACUAGUAGUGGAAGAAGACUUGUUCAUGGAUUGAGUGUACAGAAUUUGGUGAAAAGGGAGAAGAGACUGGGAAAUAUGGAAAUGGGGUUCACAGAUUUGGUCUCUUAUUUAUCUGAUUCUGAAAAAGGAUUCAGCUUUAGCCAUAGUCGAACCACUUUUCAAUGGGGUGGAACCCUUUGCGCCUUAUUAUUGUUGAUCUUAAAUCGAACUAGGGUGUGCAGAUCAUCUUUGCAAACUACUCUUAUAGUGUUUUAUCUAUUGACAAGUUUGCCAAAUGGGCUCUUCAAUUUUGUUAGAGGAGGAUUUGGUUACUGGGUUUCCUUUCUUGCUGUUGCAGCUCACCUCUUCUUCCCAGAAGACAUUCCAGUUUCCCGUUUCAUUCUCUUUGUCAUAACACCUGAUUAUGUCGCCAAGGGACUGCGUGAAACCUCUGCCGGGAACAUAUUUUGUCUCAUCAUCGGUAUCUUACUUGUCCUAACAACAUUUAAGGGGGGUAGAGUUAGACAACUUAAUUUCUGUGAAACUGAAAACGGCUGUCAUUUAUUUUGUUAUGUUUGUUGUUUAGUAUUACUCCUCUUGUUUACCAUAUUUCCAUGGAAUUAGAAUAAGUGAGUCUCCCUGGAUCAUGUUCAUAUACAUUCCUAUUCCCAACCUUUUCAUUCUUGCUUGAGCUGAAAGCUUUGUUGAGAAUAAACUUUCUCAACCAGUUGAUUUCCUUUUGUUGAGACUGAGAAAUGUUAGUGUUUAUUUUCUCAAAAACUGUUGUUCUCACCAGCCACCUUUUGCUAUCUCUUUUCUAUAUUCUAUUUUUACAUAAAGUACUAUACAACAAAAGAGUUCUGAAAGUAACAAUUUAGAUAGGGGUUUAAGAGGGGGGGUCAAGUGUAAAAGAAGGUUGGGACCUGAAGUUGUUUGUUCUGGAUGUAUUUUUGUUGAAAAAUUAUAAUGAGCUUGUUUAGUUUUGUGGGGGUCCUUUUAAGAUCACAAGACAACCCCUCAAGUAUUCAAUUGGCCCAUUAUUCCACCAUGUCCACUGACAAGACUCCAAAGAACAAGUCAUGGAAGUUGGGCUGUCCUAUCAGUGGGAGCACCUUGGCCACUUGCAUAUGGUGUCCUGACCUCUUGGAUUCAGUAUCAAAUUCAAACUAUAUAUACAUAGAAUACACCUGUUUGUAAUAGCUUCUGCCAAUGGUUUUGGGCUACUGAUGCAUAAUUGCAUUAGUAUCAAGGACUGGCUUGAUUAUUAGUUGUAUUAUAAUUUAUAUUUUAGAAUCAAUUAUGCUUUUGGAGCAAUGUAAAUUUAAAGGAGUAAAACCAAUUAUGACGUCUAUUUUUGAUUAUAUGAGUUGGUUUUGGAA